AUGUUCUCACUCAAGAAUGUCCUUUAUUUCCAAGCUGGACUUGGAGUCCUAGCCAAUAUGUUUCUUCUUUGUUUCUAUAUUUUCAUCAUCCUAGGUCACAGACCUAAGCCCACAGACCUGAUUUCCUGUCAACUGUCCUUCGUUCACAUAAUCAUGUUUCUUACUGGAGGGGAUAUUUGUCUUACAGACUUACUUGAGUCACUGGACAUUGAGAAUGACUUCAAAUGUAAGGCAACUUUUUACAUAAGUAGGGUGAUGAGAGGCCUCUCUAUCUGCACCACCUGCCAUUUGAGUGUGUUCCAGGCUGUCACUAUCAGUCCCAGUACUGCUCUGUUGGCCAAAUUUAAACAAAAACUAAAAAAAUACACGAUAUAUUCUUUCUUAUGUAUUUGGUCUUUCAAUUUGUUCUUCAGUAGCAACCAGAUUUUCUAUGUUGGUGCUUAUACCAAUGUGAGUGAGACCAAACAGAUGAAGGCUACUAAAUACUGCUCACUCUUACCCAUGAACAACAUCAUCAGAGGAUUGAUUUUAACAGUGACAACCUCUAGAGAUGUGUUUCUUGUAGGGGUCAUGCUGACCACAAGCACAUACAUGGUGAUUAUCUUGUUCAGACAUCAGAAGCAAUGCAAACAUCUUCACAGCAUCAGCCACCUGAGAGCAUCCCCUGAGAAAAGGGCCACACAGAUUAUCUUGCUGUUGGUGGUUUUCUUUGCGGUCAUGUAUUGGGUAGACUUCACCAUCUCAACGACCUCAGUCCUGUUAUGGAGUUACAAUCCAGUCAUCCUGACUGUUCAGAAGUUUGUGAUGAAUGCCUAUCCCACAAUUACUCCUUUAGUUCAAAUCAGUUUUGAUAACAGAAUAAUCAUUAUGUUGAAAAAAUUUCAGUCGAAAUAG